AAAACCACAAUAAUCCAUCUAAAUCACAAAUGAAAUGGGCAUAGAUUUAGCCGCAGGUUCCAUUAGUGGAAAGCCCGCCAACUUCGGUCUCACCUCCCAAAAAAAAACACCAAUCUAUCUCUCUCUAUGUCUCUCAUUAAACUCUCUUUUUGGACCAUCAUUAUACCAAAACACCACUCAGACGAUGCGUUCUGUUUUCUCAUAGCUUCCAUUAAAAUAAUAAUCCGACCACCUUUGCACAGACAAGCAAAAUCUAUCAACAACCUAAAGGAAGUUUUAGAAAGCUAUACAAGUUAGUACUCGAGAUGCAGCAGCAAAUGGGGCAGUUUGAUGAGGAGCAAUUAUAUGCAACCGAGCGCGAAAGAAACCGAGCACUGGCUGAGCUGAGAGCCAUGAAAAAGAUGGUUGAAGAUGACACCAAUGCAAAACAGAAGAUGGAGGAGAUGCAUAGGGAGUUGAAUUCAGUCAAAGCCUUAUUAGCCAAUGCAAAUGAAGAAAUGAAUAACAAAGAAAAAAUGAUCAAGUCUCUUAAACUUGAACUUGAAACGGCAAAAGGAUUGGAGAUGAAAUUGAAAGAAGAGUUGGCUAAUGUGAAAUCUUCUGAGGCUCGCACAAUGGCCUUGUCGACUGAAAGCGCAGAAAGGGUUCUUGAAAUGGAGGUGGAGGUUGAGAAAGGGAAGGAAUCAGGAACCAAAAUGUUUGAUUCCUUGGUAAGCCAGAUGAAGAAACUUGAGGAAACUCAAAUGAGGCUUGAAGAAUCAAAGGUUGAGAUUGCAUCUCUUAACCAGAAAGUGAAGACAUUGGAGAGUUUGACAGGACAGAACGGUAGACAACCAAAUGGUCAUGUGGGGAAGGUAAUGGAGAGUUUGAGAUCUGAGCUUAAUGUGGCCAAAGAUAAUCUGGCUGAUGCAGAAGAGGUAGGUAAACAGGCUUGUUUAAAGACCAAGAGCUUGAUUGAUGAAUUGGAUUCUCUUAAAAAUGAAUUGAAGUUGGCGAUUGUGGCUGAAGAAAAUAGCCAAAAGGCAUUAGAAGACUUAGCUUUAGCACUAAAAGAAGUAGUAACAGAAGCUAGUAAGGUGAAGGCGGAACUUGGAUUAGCCAAUGCAGAGCUAGAACACUCAAGAGGAGAGGAGGACCGUUUGAAUUUGAUUCUGAAGAGCAGUGAAGAAAGGUAUAAACAACACUUGGAAGAAGCACUCAAAGAAGCGGAGAAGUAUAAGAACACAGCUGAAAGGUUGAGACUAGAAGCUGAGGAGACCCUUUUGGCUUGGAACGACAAAGAAACUGGCCUUGUUGAUUGUAUCAGAAAAGCUGAUGAGGAAAGAUCUAAUGCUCAACAAGAGAUUAGUAGAUUGGCUGAUUUGCUUAACGAAGCCGAAAACAAGACAAGAUUAUCCAAAGAAGAGAACAGUAAGCUUCGUGAUAUACUCAAACAAGCACUGAGUGAAUCAAAUGUGGCAAAAGAAGCUAUGUUGAUUGCUAAAGCGGAGAAUUCAGAGCUCAAGGACAGAUUGGCUGAGAAGGAAGAAUCCCUCAUUUUCUUUACACGUGAAAAUGAGAACUACAAGCUUAAUGAGGCUGCAGCUAUUGAGAAUAUCAACGAGUUGAAAAGGUUGCUCUAUGAAGCGAGUGAGGAGUGUAAGAAAGGAGAGAAGGAGAAAACAAGUUCAAAAGAAGGAAAAGUGGGGAAGAUUAAGAUUGGCAAAACAUGGAGUUUUCAUCUCAAGGACCUGAAACUCUUGAACAAAAAUGAUGAUGAAGAAGAAAGUGAAAAUGUGGAGUGUGAGAUUGAUCAGGCAUUAAGGGGGUCGAUAUUUGACGUGGUGGACUCUCCUGUGGACACUGAAACUGACGUUAAUCAUCAUAGAAAGAAGUCUUCUUCUGCAUUCAGUAAUGAAGAUGAAUCAGUGAUUCAAUUGGAAGAUUUUGAUAAUCUUGAUGGAACCCAUUUCGAUGAUUUGGAGAAUGAUAGAACCUCAAGAAAGAAGAAGGCCUUGUUGAGGAGAUUUGGAGACCUUCUUAUAAGGAAAAGGAGUCUUCACAAGAAGGAACCUUCAGAGUAAACAACCCUUCUUAUUGGUGUGUUUUCCAUACCAAUUCUAAUUUUGUUGUUCCCUUAUUUUAGUUUUGUACUAUUUUUCCUGUAAAUUGUUCACUAUUACUUCAGAUACUACUACAAUUCAAAAGGCUUCCCUUUUUUUAUUAA